AUGCUGAGGAGCUACGUUACGCUUGUCGUCUUCGCACUGCUCCGGAUCGUAACAGCCAUAUUUUUGAAGGAGACACUUGCCAACGCAGCCAAUGAUGCAGAGUUGCAGAUUGACGAAAGCAAGAGGACGUCGCAAAUGUAUCAGAGCAAGCUGAAAGACGUCUUCCACACCAUGGACGGUGAUGAUAGUGGUUCCGUUUCUUACCAAGAGUUCAUCGAGCAUCUGGAUCACCCGAUUAUCAAGCGGUACAUGGCCCUCUUGGAUAUACAUGUGCACGAUGUGCGGAAUCUGUUUGACAUUUUGGAUGAUGGUGACGGCAAGAUCACGGUGCAGGAGUUCUGCAGCGGAGUGAUGAACGUAAGAGGCUCAGCCCGCGCUUUGGACAUCAUG